GCGUAAAUAACUACGUUUAUGACAAACUUUGGUUGCAGUACUUCAGUCAGCCGUAGAGUGUCUCUUUUGAACCGUGCCGACAGCGUCAAAAUAUCCAAGAUGGUGGAGUGAAAUGUAUUGUUUACGUUCCAUCGCUUCCAAGACAGGUGACUAACCCCGUUUAAGGCCAUGGAUCACACAUUUUGAGCAUGACAUCAUUUGGCUGGAAGAGAAAAGUCGGGGAAAACGUCACUAAACCUCCCUCAGCGUUCAGUCCGGGGGAACAGCUGGAAGAUGAACACGAGGUGGACCCAGAUGAGGUAGACUGGCUCCAUGCUGUGAAGAUCCGGAGGUCAGCAGAUGGACUGUUGGAGGAUCCUGUCACCAAGGCACACAGGCUGAGGCAGGAGGGGUGUCUACUGGCCGAGAGUCAGAGAUACUGGGAAGCCAUCAGAAGGUGGGAGGAUGCUCUGGAACUCACACCGGAUGAUGCGAUGCUGCAUGAGAUGAAAGCCCAGGCGUACAUGGAGGUGCAUGAAGUCUUCCCAGCAGUCCAGGCUGCAGAGAAAGCGGUGACCUCUGACCCAAGAUGGUGGGUGGCGUACCAGACUCUGGGAAGGGCACAACUUGGACUUGGGGACCUCAAACUCUCAAUUUCCAGCUUUUCAAAAGCCAUUCAUCUCAACCCUGCCUGCAGCAAGGAAUUGUGGGAAGACGACCUUAAAUGGGCGUGCUCCCUGUUGGAGGAAAAGAGAGAACUAGAGAGAAAGGCAGAAGAGGAGGAAACAGAAGCUACUGCUGGGGUUUCUGGUGAACUGGACACUGAGCAUGAUGACGACUACUGGUAUCCACAGUUUCCUGACCCUCCCCUCGCUGUCGGUGAAGCACCUGGUACUGAAGACACCGACACACCUGUCAUGGACAGGUAUCAGACACACCUGCGCAGGUUUCAGAGUAGGUGUAGGGCAGGAACAACAGAGAGAUGACACCACCCUGUAGCAGUGAUGGUUAGACCACUAGUCUGAGACCUACAUGUAUAAUAGCUACGUGUAUUUCAUGAUUUUUUUUCUAUUACAAGGAAAUGGUCUUAUCAUACUGGUCAAUGUGAACUUGGUGUAAAUAGACUACUUAAGUAAAAAAAAAA